AUGUCCUUUUCUGUUGCCCAAACCAAACUUUUAGUCUUUUGUAUAUUUAUGGCAUAUUUAAUAAUAAAUACAGACGCUAUUUCCCAAAAUAAAACGUUUCACCAUAUCCGGAGAUCGGGCGUAGAUGACAGCUUUUUUAAAAAUCAGAAGCAGGGCUUCUACCGAUCAUACCAGCCGGUAUCUAUCAAGUAUCAUAAAAUAUCUUAUCCCAAAACUGAUGACCGGAAUGAUUAUGAUAUAACAUCAUACGAUACAGAAUAUGGUGGUGUAGUGUCUAAUUUUACGUCUUCAAUUUAUGACGAUAAUCCGCCCUUGUAUCCAAAUCCUGAAAUCUUUUCAAAAAACAAUCUGGCCCUUAAAUUGAAAAGCAAAACAGAAAAUGAAGUGGAACUACCUGAUGAUUCCUUGGCAGAUGCUGAUCUCAAAGAGCAUAAUAUUAUCGACAGUGUUACUUACCUUUAUGGGUUUAAUAACUGUCACGGUGAUCGAAAUGAGUGGAUAAUAUUGAUAUAUAUAGCCAGUGCGAUAACGAUAAUUCUACUCCUCACCUCGAUGAUGUGGGUCUUUUGGAGUGAUUACGCGGCAGAAUUUAGAAAAAAUAGCAAAUUAUACCCAAUAAAUAUCAACUUAAGCUGUUGUAUGCUGGCUUGUACGCUAAUUUAUAUACAAGCUGUUAUGGGUGUUUCUUCAACGUCACAAUGCGAACGGAUCGCGCUGUUACUCCACUAUACGUACUUAACUAGCGCCUCGUGGAUUAUAACGCUCACAGCUACUGUGACAGAGUACUGCACUUGUGGCACAUUGAUGCCCCUCAAGUAUAACUAUUUGCUCGCUUACGGAGUGCCAGCCAUUGUUGUGAUGUUUAACUACGCUUUAUCAAUGGAACAUUACGAAACCAAACAUUAUUGCUGGAUGUCCUUAGAAAAGGGGAUGGUCAUUGGUUUCAUGGUACCUAUCACGGUGUUGAUCUUAAUUAACACCAUAAUUAUUAUGAUUGGUCUGCAAGGCGUUCAAAAGAAACAUGGUGAACUGCUUCAAGCAAAAUUACAAGAAGUGUUUGAUCGUCAAGAUUCUAAUUACUCAAAGAACGGUCAAGUUGAUGGCGCUAAUAUAAAUGAAGGAAUCGAUGUAGAUGAUAUGUUUACUGCGGGAAGUAGCAGAAAGAAUACAGACAGUUCUGAAGCACUCGAAGACGAUAAUUGUCAGUAUGUUAAUGUUAGUAUUCCAGACAAAGAUGCCACAGAAGAAGGAAACGACACAAACAAUAAAGACAAAGACGGUGAACGCAAACUGGAAAUGAUGUAUCCCGACCAUAUGUAUUUGAAAUUCAAUUUGAAUUCAGAAGGAAAUCAACUAAAAACCUAUCUUCACCUCGGCUUGGUUAUGGAACCAUUUUUCGGCAUCAACUGGGUGAUGGGGGUUGCUGCUUUAGAGAACGCCACACAUUGGACUACACCAACUAUUUAUUUAAUCCUUACGUUGACAAUGUACAUUUACUACACUGCAACCAUUAGCAUGACUUUGCCAAUAAUAUGUAACAAAGAAAAGCCCGAGCCAUGUUGUGACGAAGUCGUUUCUGAGCCUAUCGUCGUUCCGGCUAGGACUACGGACAGCAUUCCCUUAUUGGACCCGGCAGUACAGCAACCUAACGUUUCCCCUGCUCCCGCGGAUACUAUAAGCACAAUCAGUAUUUAA